AGGAAUUCGUUAUACAUUUGUUAUGCGUUUGCAAGAAUUCGGAACGUAUCGACUCAGGCGCGACAAAAUUCGAGUUUUAUAAUUGACAAUUUUCGCUAGAGGCAAAUUUUGAUUAUUUUCGACAAAAUGCUGCCAAUUUGGCUAAUGCUGUUGCUCUCUCCCUCGCUCGUGCGGGCCGUGCAGCAGCAGAAGCCGCCUGCCGCUGACGAUGCGCCAUCAGCCACCACAGCAGCCACGCCCCUGCCAGCCAGGGCGAGCGUGCUGCAGAUCACAGCGGCGAACUUUGAGAGCGCCCUUGCCACGCACGAGCUGCUCUUCAUCAAUUUCUAUGCCGACUGGUGCCACUUCAGCGCUCGCCUGACGCCGAUCUUCGAGACGGCGGCCGCGCGGCUGGCGGAGCUGCUGCCGGAGGCGGCGAGCGUGCGCUUGGCUCGAGUGGACUGCGUGCGCGAGGAGGAGCUGAGCGAGAAGUGCAGCAUCACGAAAUUCCCGACGUUGCGCCUCUACUAUCGCGGCCAUCCGUUGCGGCAGGAGUACCGCGGGCAGCGUUCCGUGGAGGCUUUGGUCGCCUACGUGGAGAAACAGUACAGAUCUUCGAUCAAGACAUUCAACACUGCCGAGGAGCUGGACGCAAUCAAUAGGAAGAGGCGUUCGGUGAUUGGAUUCUUCGAGAGUCGCCAGCAGCCAGACGCAAACCAUUUUGAGCUGCUGGCGGAGCGCUAUAAGAACGAUUGUGACUUCUACAUACGAGUGGGAGCUAAGCUGGACAACGUCGCGUAUACGCAACGCAUGCCCACAGUUGUCUAUCGGCCGGACAGCGAGCGCACCCAUGCGGCGGACACGUUGUUCGAUGGGAGCUGGACAUCCCCCACCGAGCUGGAGGAGUGGCUCGUGAAGAAGUGUGUGCCGCUGGUGCGUGAGGUGGACUUCCACAAUGUGGAGGAGAUAAUCGAGCAGCGACUGCCGCUCCUAGUCCUCUUCCAUCUGCCCGACGACGUGCUGUCCGUGAAGGCUUACAAGGCGAUUGUGGAGAUGCAAUUGUCGAACUGCACCGACUGCGGACACUUCAACUUUGUGACCGUCGACGGGCUCAAGUUUCAGCACUCGAUAAUCCACAUGGGCCGCACCCUCCAGGAUAUGCCCAUAAUUGCCAUCGACUCGCUCAGGUUUAUGUAUCCGUAUGACAGGUUCGACGACAUGUACAUACCGGGCCAUCUGAAGGCGUUCAUUCGCAACUUUAGCAACCAUCAAAGGCUGCACCACAAGGCCAACGAGCAGGACGGCGAUGGUGGCGUGCCGCCCUUGUCCACCUUCAAGCAGCUGGGACCCUCGAAGCAUCGCUACACUCUGGUCGGCCAUGAUGAGCUGUGAGCUGUGAGCUAUGAGCUAUAGCUGCCUGAAUGCCCAUAUUGUUGUUGUUGUUAAUAAAGUACAUUUUGUUGCUGGGCAACUUAA